AUGGCCAGACUUACCUACGGCGAGCUCGAAAGAGCCAGACUGCUCGACACAAUGGAUACUGACUACUACGUCAAGGCAAUUCGCAAGAAGAUGGAGAGCGAUCUCUCCAAGAAGAAGCACCUCACGAGCCGAGCCCGUCACUCCCGCAAGGCCCCUCCAGGCACCGUUCUCGCCCUGAAGCCCAGUCAAGCCCUGCAGAUCAAGCCCGCCACCACCGUCGCCGAGGCCGCCCAGCUCAUGGCCGCCAAGCGCGAGGACUGCGUGCUCGUCACCGACGACGACGACCGCAUCGCCGGUAUCUUCACCGCAAAGGAUCUCGCCUUCCGCGUCGUCGGCGCCGGCCAGAAGCCCAACCACAUCACCAUUGCCGAGAUCAUGACCAAGAACCCCCUCUGCGCCCGCACCGACACCAGCGCCACCGACGCCCUCGAUCUCAUGGUCCGCAAGGGUUUCCGUCACUUGCCGGUUAUGGACGAGAACCAAGAUAUUUCUGGUAUUCUCGAUAUUACAAAGUGUUUCUACGAUGCCAUGGAGAAGCUGGAGCGUGCCUACUCAUCCUCGAGACGUCUGUACGAUGCCCUCGAGGGUGUGCAGUCUGAGCUCGGCACGAGCCAGCCGCAACAGAUUAUCCAGUACGUCGAGGCUCUGCGUUCCAAGAUGUCGGGCCCGACCCUCGAGUCGGUCCUUGACGGACGGCCCCCGACGACGGUCAGCGUGAGAACCUCGGUCAAGGAGGCCGCACAGAUGAUGAAGGAGAACCGAACCACUGCCGUCCUGGUGCAAGAUCAGGGUGCCAUCACUGGUAUUUUCACCAGCAAGGACGUCGUCCUCCGUGUCAUUGCCCCUGGUCUCGACCCCGCGACGUGCAGCGUUGUCCGCGUCAUGACGCCUCACCCGGACUUUGCUCCCAUGGAAAUGAGCAUCCAGGCUGCUCUCCGCAAGAUGCAUGAUGGCCACUACCUCAACCUCCCCGUCAUGAACGAGGGCGGCGAAAUCGUCGGCAUGGUCGACGUUCUCAAGCUCACCUAUGCUACCCUCGAGCAGAUCAACACCAUGUCUACUUCAGACAGCGAAGGACCCGCGUGGAACAAGUUCUGGCUCUCGCUCGACGACGGCACAGAGUCCAUGAUGUCCGGCGAAGGCAGCCACACUCACCACACAAAUCUGGGCUCACGCAUUAUGUCUCCCGAUAUCACCCGGGAGCGCAUCGGCGACAGCGUGGCUCCCGGCGACUCUGCCUCCCACGUUGGUCUGGAGUCACCGCCUCGUUCCGCCGUCACCGGCAACAGCCCAGCUCAGCAGUCCCCUGCCGAGCUACCCUUCCCCUUCAAGUUCAAGGCCCCGUCCGGCCGUGUUCACCGCCUGCAGGUCAUUGCCUCCCAGGGUAUCUCAGCAAUGGUUGCCAACGUUGUUGCCAAGUUGGGAAGCGAAGUCGAUGCCAUCGGCGGUGCUCCAGUGGCCGACGAAGGAAAGAUCUCUGGUGGUUUCGCCCUCAGCUACCUCGAUGACGAGGGUGACUCUGUCUCCAUCACGACGGACAACGAUCUGCUCGAGUCCAUCCUCCUCGCCCGCCAGAGCCGGCAUGAAAAGGUCGAUCUGUUUGUUCACGACCCCGAGAAGCCCCCCGUUUCCGCCGCACCCCCCACCAUCGAGACCAUUGCGCUCCCCACCCCUCCCAUUUCCGCCACGCCCGAUUUGCGCCGGAGAAGAGCCUAUGAUGACGAGGACGACGAGGCGGAGGAUGAGGACGAGGAUGAGUCAACGAUCCGGAGGUCGCGUCGCGCGAAACAUCACGCACCCGCGGAGAAGGAGGUCAUUGCCGGUGUCCCGAACGAGCUGCUGCUCCCUGGUGCCAUUGUGACGUUGGCAGUUGUCAUCGUCGGUGUUUUCACGAUCUCUCGCCUGACCAGCAGCAGAGCCCUGCUGGCACCAGCAGUCGCCCGAACAUGCCACCGCGCCGGCAUCACGACCGACGCCCUCGUCGGCACCAUGACGCCCGAGACCUUUGCAGACCUAACCACCUCGGCGGCCCUCGGCCAGAUCCCUCACGCCGCCGCCUCGCUGCAGAACGACCCGGACGCGGCAGCCAAGCGCGCCGAGGCGAUUGAGGCCCGCUCCAAGACGGUACCCAACGCCUACAACCGCUUCCGCCGGCAGCAGAACCUCAACGCUCGCGUCGGCGCUGCCGUCGCUCGGCCGUACGUGCCCUCGCAGCUGAUUGAGAACCCGCCGCACCCCAAGGAUAUCAGCCUGGAGCUUCUGAUGGCGAGUCAGACGCACAUGGGACAUCACACGUCCCGCUGGAACCCGGCCAAUGCAAAGUAUAUUUACGGUGUGAGGCAGGGGAUUCAUAUUAUUUCCCUCGAGACGACGGCGGCGUACCUCCGUCGCGCGGCGCGCGUCGUCGAAGAGGUGGCGUACCGCGGCGGAUUGAUCUUGUUUGCGGGCACGCGGAAAGGGCAGAUGGAUAUCGUGACGGGAGCGGCGAAGCUCGCGGGUGGGUGUCACUUGUUCACCAAGUGGACGCCGGGCAACAUUACGAACCGCGACGUGAUUAACCAGGGCAAGGAGGUGCGGAUCGUGGACGAGAAGGAUAUCACGCUACAAGGGUUUGAGAGGUUGCAGAGGACGGGCAGGCCGCUGGUGCCGGAUUUGAUUGUGUGUUUGAAUCCGAGGGAGAACUAUACCAUGCUGUACGAGUGUGGGUUGGCGAACGUGCCGACGAUUGGCAUUAUUGAUACGGAUGCGAACCCGGAUUGGGUUACGUAUGCCAUUCCUGCCAACGAUGACAGCUAUCGAUCCGUCGCCGUCAUUGCAGGCGUCCUCGGACGCGCGGGCGAAGCCGGCCAGAAGCGCCGUCUCGCGGCUGCGGAGAACGGCGAGUCGGAGUGGGCCACCCCGCUGGAGACGCGACGAUUCAUGACAGCCCAGGGGAACGCGUGGAAGAAGGAAAUGGCAAAGUGGCAGGCGACGGCCUCGCACGCGGCGCACAAUGCGGACGAGGGCGAGGAGGCGAGGUUGCUUGAGAUGUUGCAGGUUGAUCGGACCAAGGCUGUUGAUGGUGAGCUUUGA